GAUUUUUUUAUUUUGGUUUGUUUUUUGUUGUUGUUGUUGUUUGGUUUUGUUUUUCUUUAGAUUAAUCCACUUAUACAACCUUUUAACAGUAGCAGGGAGCACUUCGGGCCACUCAUCCCAUCUGUGUGUAUCUCUGGUGGCAGUGCCUUAGGUGUGUGAUCACUUGGGUGUGAGGGUGUGGAGGCCAGAUCUGGAGAAGGGGAUACUCUGCCACUAAGUCAGAGCACAGAGGCUACAGGCGCACUGGUGAGGCUGGUGCCUCAGUAGGCAGAACUGGUGCUGGAAGAUGUGCUGCACAGCUGGGACUGAACCUGGGCCAUGGGAAGAUGUGCAUUAGCUGUAUGAGAUGGGGUAGGUGAGAGCAGGUGCUUAGAUGUGUGCAGCAAGCAAUUCUUUGUACAGUCUCCCUCAAGGUGGGGAGAGAUGUUCAGAUGGUUGUAGGGCCCAGUAUUUGGGAAAUCAGUUUUAGUGGUGAAAAGGAAAGCAAUGAUCUUAGGAAAUGCCCUUUAGCAACUGAAAACCUUCAGUUUUCUGGUGACAUUUGCAGGAUGAUAAGGAUUAGAAAACUCAGUGUCUGUGUGCCCAAAGUGGCUGAAAGGGCUUUGGAAAGCAGGCUGGGAAGCUUUGCACCCAGGCUUAAAAGUGAGCAAGGGUCAGAGCUCUGAUUUGCCAUCAGUGAAUGGGUUACCUGCUAAAAAUAAAAAAAAGUCCUUGUGUACAGAUGGGUGGGUUAUGUUGGCUGCACGACUUGGUUAUCUCUGUGAUACCACGGGUGAGGGGCCAGGUCUCAGUUCCAGCAAUCAGGGAAAUGGGUUGCUCAGUGAGAGGAACAGACCAGCCGCUGGCAGCCUCACAUGUUGGGUGUUCUUUGGUGGAGAUGUCCCAGGGAAACCAUUCUGCUCAGGAGCUGGUGUGUACACUCUACCCAAAGCAGGGGCAGCUGGCUCUGGUUCCAGUUUGCACUGGAUCCUGUCAAAGCCACAGGAUUGCUCCAAGGCUUUAGACUGGUUGGGAUAUUCAUUAGUGGACAGGCCACAACCUGCACCUGACAGUCCCCAUUACUGCCAUAAUUUGGCUGAAGCCUUUCCUGUUGUCAUUCUCAUCUUGACUGUGCUUUUCCCUUUGUGGCUUUGAUCCAGAUGUUCAUCUGGUGUGCUGUGGUUUCCCUGUUUGGGAGAAAUAACUGUUUUGUCCAUCUUCAAAGUCCAGAUAUGAAGAACAGAGCUGGGGGACCUUUUAGCUCCUUGACUCCUGCUUACUUCUGCUGGGUGCAUCUCCUGCAUGGAGAGCACUGGAGCAACCUGAUCUUUGCAGUCUUUUGAGGGGGUUUUGCCCACCUCAUUGCCCUUUGGAUGAUACAGACUGGAUUACAUAUCUCAUUGCAGUGCAUGAGGACUGACAAGGGAGAGUAUCUUGCAAGCGUGUUUCACUUAAGCCAUGGAGCAGGAUCCUGCACCAGCAGCCUGGUCUCUGCCUUGGGGCAGUGACAAAGCACAAGCUGCUCUUCAAGGAACUGGCUCAUUUUGCCGCUCGUGUUAAGAGUUUUGGAAUUCUAGUGCAGAAUUCACUCUUCCGAGACAGCUUUCCACAGACAGAGUUUGGGUUUUUUUCAGUUUGAGUAAUUAUCUACAAACUCAGCCCUUUAUGUUCUGGAUCUGCUCAGAAGCUGAGGAUGCAAAUUGUUCUUGAGAAGAGCCUUCCCAUUUAUUUGCUAAUGUCUAACUAUGGCAGCAGAGGGGAUGUUGAUAAUAAACCUAGUGUCUCUGAGACUUUUUAAAAAAAUGUGUGCAAGAAAUGUAUCCCCAAGGAAUGGGCUCAGAAAACACAGGUGCUUAGAAAAAAACAGUGUGUGGUUCAAGCCAGCUGUUUGGGUCUUGUUUCUCACACUGAGAUUUUGAUGUUUCUGCUGUAAACAGAGCUGGGGAAGGGGCUGGAACACAAAUCUGAUGAUGAGCGACUGAGGGAACUGGCUGUUCAGAAAAGGAAGUUCAGGGGGGACCUUCUUGCUCACUACAACUCCCUGAAAGGAUAGUUCAGCCAGGUGGGGGUCAGUCAGGAAACGAGUGACAGGAAGAGAGGAAACAACCUCAAAUUGUACUGGAGAGGUUUAGGCUAAAAAAAUUCCUUCAUGGAAUGGGUGGUCAGGCACUGGCACAGGCUGCCCAGGGCAGUGGUGGAGUCACCAUCCCUGCAGGGAUUUAAAAACUGUGAAUGUGGCACUUGGGGACAUGGGUUCGUGGUGGGCUUGGCAGUGCGGGGGAGCAGUUGGACUAGAUGAUUUCAAAGGCUGUUUCCAACCUGAAUGAUUCUGUGAACACUGGGUUUGGGUUGGAUGAGCUGUUGACAAUUGUAAGAGGAAGGCUGUGUGUUGAUGAGCUGGUCCUUCAGGGAUCAGGAAAGGGACUGACUUGGCUGUUCACCAUGGUUCAUGUUCCACUGGAUAUGGGACUGGGACCCGAGUGCACUGCAGAUGUUGUUUUUGGAUUUCCGUUACUUCUUUACUAACCAUGAAAAUCUUGCUGCUUUUCCUUUGUAUUUGCUGAACGGCAUGAGUCAGAUAUUAAAGCAGUGACUUCAGGUUCCACCCUGGGCUGGACCCUGACAAGGAAACACCAAAUAACUCGUAACAGAAACCUGUGCAUUUCCUGAAGAACGGCAGGGUGUCUAUUCCCUUCCAGCCCCAACAGAGUCCUGGGGCAAGGCCAUGGGGCUGCCUGUGUCUGUUAGAUGUGGAGCACAAAGAGCCUCAGUAUAAAUACUCCCAAGACACAGUCAGUGAGGGCAGUUUUAUUCCAGUAUGCAGAAUGGACUUUUUCCUCUGAACUUUAAAAUAAACAACAUUUUGGCCAAACAAACGGAACUGACCUUUUUAUUAAAAGCAUAUAUCUUCUCAUCCUUGUUUCAGUAAGAGGUUGUUAAUUUUAAAGAACUCCUUAACUUGCAGAACAGCUGACUUAAGUAAUUCCAAUCGCAUUUAUCAUCUUACUUUUUGCUCCUUGCAGUUGGAGAGUUUGUAGCCUUUUUUUUGAGGAGGAGAAAUAAGAAAAGUAGCUCUAACUCUGUGUGUUCUUUGCACAGGUGGAGAGAGAGGCUGAGUCUAUCAAGUUAAUUUUUAAGUUGAUGAAAAGAUUCAAGUUCAUGUUGAAGAGGAUUGACCUGCCCACAAGCCCAAGCUUAUUCCUGCUCAGAAGCAAAGGAAGGAUUACAGAUAGUUACCAAGAGCAGCUUUGAAAAAAGAGAUUAGAAAGUUUUCUAUUAGAAAUUAGAAACUGUUCUGUAAAGUGAGGGAAUGCUACCAAAGUUGGCAUCUUGUUCUGAGACACCAAUGAAGGGCUCUCUCCCUCUUGAACGCACGUACAUGAAGGAAGCUGUCCUGACACAUGAAGCCCUUGGUUGUCUGCCUCUCAGGGACCAGGUUAAAGGCGAUUGGCAAAACCAGGAUUUUUCUAAAUCUCAGAGCAUACCUGAUUUUGAGGAUGAGAUAGCCCCUGCCAGGGAGGAACAUGGCUGUUUCUGGCAGCUUGGGUCUCCCAGCUGCUGGGCCCGGGACAGAGGGGCCCAGAGCUGCCAUGACGACAGGCGACUGCUGCCACCUCCCCGGCUCCCUCUGCGACUGUCCGGGAAGUGCUGCCCUCUCCAAGUCGGUAGAGGAGUCGGACAUGGGCCGCCCGCAGUACAUCACACAGGUCACGGCCAAGGACGGGCGGCUCCUCUCCACAGUGAUCAAGGCGCUGGGCGCCCAGAGUGGCUGAAGGACCCCGGGCCCCGCAAUGAGAAGAGGACACUGUUCUGUGACAUGGUCUGUUUCCUGUUCAUCACUCCCCUGGCAGCCAUCUCGGGCUGGCUGUGUCUGCGCGGGGCCCAGGACCACCUGCAGUUCAACAGUCGCCUGGAGGCCAUCGGACUCAUAGCACUCACUAUAGCACUUUUCACCAUCUACGUCCUCUGGACACUGGUCUCGUUCCGCUACCACUGCCAGCUGUACUCGGAGUGGCGAAGGACCAACCAGAAAGUCCGGCUGAUGAUCCCGGCCUCGCGGAGCCCUCACCCCGUGCCCCACUCCCUCCUCUCCGCCAAGCUCAUGAAGAAGGCCGCGGAUGAGACCACAGUCUGAGCCGUCCCGCGGCCGGCCAGGGUGGAGGGUCAGGCAUCCCCACAGGCCCAGGGACCCUGGCAGCUGUGGGGGCUCUGGAAAACAAUCAUCCCACCCAAAGGGACUCUGUGGUCAGCACAUGCUUUAGACCUUGGCAAAGAGACACAUAAUCAACAUUUGCGGGUGAAAUGGCCCAAAGGAGCCUGAUGGCAGAAAAUGCCUGUCUGCAGGGACACUUUCCUAUAACAAAACACCAUACAUGGAAAACAUCUCCCUCUCUCUCUCUCUCUAUAUAUAUAUAGCUAUAUAUAAUAUUUUUUAAUGGCCAUGCAUAUUGUGUUUCAAACCUUUUGUGUUGAUGUUCUAAGCUUCAGGAUAGAAGCUGGCAAUCUGAUCUCAUUCAGAGGUUAAAUCAAUGCCUUUUCUCCAAAUGAGCAUAUGAGGAACACUUUUCAUCAACCAUUCUUGAAAGUCCCCUUCUCCUUUGCACCAAAUUGGUUUUGAUAUACUACAGCAGCCUUCCCAUUACUCUUUGGUCUCUUUUGUGGUGUUCUGUCCUUUCUAGAAAGUUGAGUGUUUUUAAUAAUUAUUAUAAUCCCAGAAGGAGUAAAAUGACAUAAUACUGAAUGGAGACAUUUUGUAUUGUAAAAUACUGUAAUUUUGAGAAUUUCAAAAUCAGUUUCAGAAUAAGAGAAUCUUUUCUGGCACAGACAUGAUCUCACAAAAUGCUUCCCUUGAGAUCCUGGUUUAUCCCCAGAACUUGGAUGCACUCAGCCCUUGGUCUGUCUGGCAAAGGUAGAUGGAGGAUCCGAGGGUGGGAAGAGAUGGCUCCGUACUAGCUAAACCCACCAUUGCCUUUUGCUUUGAAAAGAUUGAGAAAGGAGCUUUCCUGACCCCAGAAGGUGGGAGCUGGAGUCUCUGUUUGCUGAUGUCCUUUUACCAGCUUGAGGCUGGACCUCCUGUAGCAUCAGUUUCACACGUACCUUAGGGGACAGGCCUUGCCCUGUGGCGCUGGCAGGACGCAGGUGCUCUUGGCCGUCUCUGCGCUUUAUUUGCACAUUCCGGAGGAGCUUCUGGGAUUGGGUUCAUCCCUUGUACUGCUGCCUGCCUGUUGUGUCCUCUAGUGAAACCCCCCCAGUUUGCUGGUCCCAGAGAACAGGCUCUGGGUCCCUUGUCCUGUGGGGCCAGUGUUCCUCCUUCUCCUCCUCCUUUUACCUGUGUUUCCAGCACGUGCAGUUCUCAAAGCCCUCUGUCUCAGAAUGCCCCCUUUGCCAAGAGUUCCCCUGGUCUGGCUUUGGUCCUUGCCUCUGCCACCUCACCGUGUCAGACAGUGCCUGGUGCUGAGCUUUCUUGAGCCUUCUGAGUGGCACAGGCUGUGAGGAUGCUGGCAGUGAUGCUGUCCUGCCAGGUGCUCCAGAGGUGUGUGCAGCUGCUUUGCUGGAGCCUGGGCUCUGGCUCCAUGGUGGUGAGGGUAGAGAGCAGGCAAGAGGCAGGCUCUUAGAGGCCUGUGUCCUUGCAGUGGGUGGUGGUGGUCAUGCACUAUGUCCCUCUGCCCCUUUGCUGAAAGCAAGUGGGUCAGUGCAGUGCCCUGUGAGAUGGACAUCUGUAAUUUCCUGAAUUCAAAACACCAUGUGCACUUCUUCCUCCUCUCUAGCUGCAAAGCAGGCUGUGUUUCCUUGUGUGUUCCCUCAGCCUGAGCUGGAAGUUGCUGGUGGCCUGAGCAGCAGGGACCAGUGUGCCAUCUUGCCCAACAGGAUUGCUCCAGCCCUUGGCCCUGGUGUCUGUCUGCUCUCCUCUGUCCCCUCUCCCAGGUGCAGCUUGGGCAUACCCUGACACAUCUUUCAGCAGCCUCUCUGUGCCCUGAGGGCUGCUCUGAACUGGUCUCUCUUCCAAGUGUGAGGGGCUGGUGUGGCUGUGGGGUGAAUGUCCUCUGCUACAGCCAGGCUGCCCAUCUCUGCUCCCCUCUCUUGGCCACCCCCCCAACUGCCCCUUCUCUUCUUCCACAUACCUGUGGGUGUCUGUCCUUUUCCCAGUCAUGCACUCAUGCAGGGAUUACUCUGCUUCUGGUACUCUUGGUGGAGAGGCUGCUGCAGCCCAGCUCCAGUCACAGUCCCUAGUCCAGUCCCAUCCCAUUCCCAUGCAGGUGCUCCCGCCCUUCACACCCCUUCCAUGGCAGCAGGCUCUGCACCACUGCUCAGUGCCUCGUCCUGGGUGCCCCUUUCUUCAGCCCCUUCCCAACAACCCCCUUGUCACCAGGACAUCACCAGUGAAGAAAAAGGUGGGGGGGGGGUUUAACCUUCCCAGCCCUGGCUGCCUCCCAGGAGCUUGGCCCCACAAGGCACCGAGUUCUGGCAGGUGAUGAGGGAUGCUCUCUCCCGUAGCACGUCCCCAGGGUAAGGACUUCAUGGAGCCAGUGUUCCAGUUAAGAAACCCACCAUCAAUCCAAAUAUGCAACUGUGAAAGACAGAAGCCCUUGGCUGGGGCAGUGGGGGCCUAGUCCUGUGUGUGGCCGUGGCUGCACUCAGCAUCCUUGGCUUUGUUGUCACUGCCAAUAAUUGGAGUUGUUGCAUGUGCCCCCACAAGACCCAGUAGUGACUCUUUGAGUCUUGUCCUCCUUCCCAGAGAUGUUCAGCUCGUGGAUGUGGGCAAUCUGUGUCUGACCCACCACGUUCCAGUGCAUUCUGGGGAAAUGGGCUGUGCAAUGAUGUAAAUAAAAGUGAGACAAAC